AAAACAUUUGCAAUAGUUUUGAGAAACAGGAAUGAAUUUAUGAAGCUGGCUGUAGACUGGAGUAAGAGCUGCUCACAUUGCAUGAGGGACUACCACACAACUGCCUAAUGUUGUUUUUAUUGAAUGCAACUGAUGGGAAACGUUUAAAACUGCAAUUUAACUUAUCUGUCUGAAAAAAAUAUGGCAAAUUCUCCAUGUCGUGAAUUCAUCAUAAAGGCAACAUUUACAUGCCUGAUUAAAUUUGCCUUCAGCUACAGUUUUAGGAAUUGCAUCCAGGUACCAGAUAAUAGCCACACAACCUACAGAUGCAUCAAUCAGCAUGAGCCCGACAUAACUUUAAUAGUGAGAGACUUGAUGUCCACAGCAACAAACCUUACAGUGUCUCUUGGCAGCAUUGAAAAAAUCCCAGAACAAGCGUUUCAACAUCUGCCUAAUCUGAGUUCUCUAGUUCUGAAUAAUAAUAAACUUGGUAACAUUGACAAAGGUGCUUUCAUUGAUCUGACAAAACUAAAGAAUUUGAAUUUGUCCUUGAACAACUUGUCAUCUCUCCAUCGUGAUGUAUUUGAUGCCGUGUAUAACCUCAGAGAGCUGCUCCUGGGAAGCAACAAGCUUGCUGACAUUGACUCGUUACUGUUUUCCAAUUUGACAAAUCUGCAGACUCUUGAUUUACACAGGAACCGCCUGCAUCAUUUCACCACUUUGGUUGAAAGCAUAACACACCUGCCCAACUUGACAAAACUGGACAUUUCUUUCAACUAUCUAACCACCCUGAAUCACUCCGCCCCUUUGCCACAGUCACUUGCCACCCUUUAUGUUGGUUAUAAUAAACUGCAUACGCUGGGAUGUGAUGCCGCUUUCCUGAUGUAUGUCAAAGUGCUGGAUUUCUCAUACAAUACAUUACUGUCAUUCCAGGAUUUUCAAGGGCUGAAUCUGGGGAAUGUAACCAGCCUGCGCAUAAGUUUUACCAAGGUGGCUAUCAUCAAACUUCUAAAAUAUACCAAUAUACGACCCUGGCAUGUUGACUUCUCAGGGUUGAAACUGAAGGACGAUCAAGCACUGAAUUCACUCUGUUAUCUUCUGAGUGAAAUGAAACAAAUACGUCAAUUGAUCUUCCAGGACAACUUCAUUAAAUCUAUCAAAAACAACACGCUUAAUCAAUGCCCCAAUAUCACAGGUGUCUUGGACCUCUCACGGAAUGACAUAAAGGAGGUAGGCUGCUUGGAGUUUCUGAAUAGUCAAAACAAACUAGAGAGUCUCAAGAUAGAGCACAACCAUUUGACAAGGCUAUUGUCCUGCAGAGAAGCAAAAGAGAAGUUUUACAGCCUGAGAAACCUGAGCUUUCGAUUCAAUCGUAUUUUAGAGGUCAGCGGUUUUGCCUUCAGUCACACACCCAGAUUGACAAACCUUCAGCUGAACAUAAACAUUAUUGCUUAUUUGGAUCACAAAGCUUUGAGUGGACUCCGUGAUCUCGUAACACUACGACUAGACAACAACCUCUUGACUGAUGUCUAUGAAGACAGCUUUGAAGAUCUCAUCAGCCUGGAGACCCUGAACUUGCGCAACAACCAGUUAGCUGUAAUUUUUGACAACACCUUUCAAUCUCUCAAAAAGCUGACAAUUUUAGAUCUAGGUGGGAACAAGAUUGCAAUGCUCAAGUCGCACGCUUUUACAGGACUGUAUAGCUUAACCAAUCUCUAUUUAGAUAGAAAUCGUCUGAAAAAUAUAGACGGCUCACUCUUUGGGAAACUUAACGCCACUCUGCAGGUGCUGGAUUUACAGGCGAACCAGAUUCUGUACAAGACAGAACACACACACUCUCCAUUUAUAAAUCUAACAAAACUGCUUGACCUGAAACUCGACGCGCAGGUGCCGAAUGGUAUAAACUUAUUGCCUUGUGCAUUUUUCCGCGGUCUCACUUCUUUGAAACAACUUUACCUCACCAACAACCAUAUCACUGGAUUCGGUGCCGAAACAUUUGAUGACCUCGAAAACUUGGAGUUCCUAACUCUGGACAACUCAUGUGUUGGUAUCGCCCAGCUCAAGCCAGGAAUUUUCAAAAACCUCAGAAAACUGACCACUUUAUUUGCUGAGAACAUGGGCAUUAAAUUUUUUUCCAAAGAGGUCUUUGGAAAUCUCACAGGACUAAAGAUUUUACAUCUCAAUCGCAACGCCAUGUUGACGUUGGACAUGGGUUUGUUGGAAACGCUAAUCCAUCUUACAUAUAUUGACCUGCGCAGUUGCCCUCUAAAUUGUGGUUGCCAAAAUACUGAAUUGCAGAACUGGACCAUAAGCAACCCAAGAGUCCAGUUUCCGUAUCUUUACAAAAUUAUUUGCCAAGACCAUACAGGGUCAUACUUUCACAACUUUGACACCAAUGUCUGCUAUUUAGACUUAGGACUCUAUCUGUUUUCUUCAACCUGCGCAUUUACGAUUUUACUAACCAUUAUACCACUUCUCUACGACAAACUUUACUGGAAAUUGAAGUACAGUUACUACGUCUUUCGAUCAUGGUUUGGAGAACAGUGGCGUCGUUUACGGGACCAGGAGGAGAAAUACAAGUUUGAUGCUUUUGUUUCCUAUAACUCGGCAGAUGAAAACUGGGUCAUGGAACAACUGUUGCCGAACCUGGAGGGAUCUUCAUUUCGCCUCUGUCUCCACCACAGAGACUUUGAGCUUGGAUUGGACAUCGUUGACAACAUCGUGGGUGCUGUAUACGGCAGCCGAAAAACGAUCUGCGUGGUCAGUCAGAGCUUCCUUCGCAGCGAAUGGUGCUCUUUGGAAAUCCAGCUGGCCAGCUACCGGCUUUUUCAAGAAAUGCAAGAUGUGCUUUUGCUGGUCUUCCUGGAACCUAUUUCGGAGCGGCAAGUGUCCGCUUAUCACCGUAUGAGGAAGGUCAUGCUCAAAAAGACCUAUUUACAGUGGCCUGGGGAAAAUUGUUCAGAUCCAACCAGCGCAAAAGAACUGUUCUGGAGCCAGCUUAAGAGAGCACUGAGGAGCAGCAACACUGCAGGUCAAGAGGAGCAGAUGUUGAAAGAGGACUAUGAUCAGAGAAGACAAGAUAAAACAGGUGUGGGUGUGGAGGACAGAGAAUAUUUUGUCAAUCAGACACCUAGAGAUGAUGAAGAAUAUUACCUGAUGCCCUAAU